AUGGAGGAGGCCGCGGCGCACAACGGCAGCGCCGCCGGGGCCGGGGCUGGAGCCGGAGCCGGAGCCGGAGCUGGAGCCGGGACCGGGACCCCCGCGGCUACCCGCCCUCCCGCCACCCCCGAGGGCAUGGCACUGGCCUACGGCAGCCUCGUCCUCAUGGCGCUGUUGCCCAUCUUCUUCGGGGCGCUGCGCUCCGUCAGCUGCGCCAAGAGCAAGAACUCCUCAGAGAUGCCAGAGACCAUCACCAGCCGAGAUGCUGCUCGAUUUCCCAUCGUUGCCAGUUGCACCCUUCUGGGGCUCUACCUCUUCUUUAAAAUAUUCUCUCAAGAGUACAUCAAUCUGCUCCUUUCCAUGUAUUUCUUCGUGCUGGGGAUCCUUGCCCUCUCCCACACCAUCAGCCCCAUGAUGAACAGAUUCUUCCCUGCAAACUUCCCCAACAAGCAGUACCAGCUGCUCUUCACCCAGGGCUCCGGGGAGAGCAAGGAGGAAAUAGUGAACUACGAGUUUGACACCAAGGAUCUGGUCUGCCUGGCCCUGAGCAGCGUGGUGGGGGUCUGGUACCUGCUGAGAAAGCACUGGAUUGCCAACAACCUCUUUGGGCUGGCAUUCUCCCUCAAUGGGGUGGAGCUGCUGCACCUGAACAACGUCAGCACAGGCUGCAUCUUGCUGGGAGGCCUCUUCAUCUACGACGUCUUCUGGGUCUUUGGCACCAACGUGAUGGUGACAGUUGCCAAAUCGUUCGAGGCCCCAAUAAAACUGGUUUUCCCACAGGACCUGCUGGAGAAGGGGCUGGAAGCUGACAACUUUGCCAUGCUGGGUCUGGGAGACAUUGUCAUUCCAGGGAUCUUCAUUGCCUUGCUGCUGCGGUUUGACAUCAGCCUGAAGAAGAACACACACACCUAUUUCUACACCAGCUUCGUGGCCUACAUCUUCGGGCUGGGCCUGACCAUAUUCAUCAUGCACAUCUUCAAGCACGCCCAGCCUGCUCUUCUCUACCUGGUCCCUGCAUGCAUUGGAUUCCCACUUCUGGUGGCCUUGGCCAAGGGGGAAGUAACCGAAAUGUUCAGCUACGAAUCCUCUGCUGAAAUCUUGCCUCACACUCCAAGGCUCACCCACUUCCCCACUGUGUCAGGCUCUCCAGCCAGCCUUGCUGACUCCAUGCAGCAGAAGCUGUCCUGCCCCCGCCGACGCCGGCAGCAAAGCCCCAGUGCCAUGUAGCAGUCGCCUGUGGUGCCCUUUUUCUGUCUGUCGCUCUGCCCAGCUACGAGGAGAGCUCUACCCCCAAGGAGGUGCCUGGG